UUCACUUUCAGAUCUCUAUUUUUCAGUUACAGACUUUUGGCCCUGUUUUGGCGUGGUGGGCGUGGCUACACACAGAGGGGCGGGGAAUCAUGAGUGACAGCAGACCGCUGCAGGCUCAAGAUGGUCCAUUUUUCAUGUUGCCUUCAGGAAACCUGGGAAUGAACAUAAUUUAUCAAACACCUCCUGCACUGUAUUAUUUGAUAAUGUUUAGAAAACAUGUCAUGCAUAACUGCUCAAACUCAGUUACUAAAGCUCUUUCAAGCAGUAAUGUGUACAAAUUACGCCGUAACUGAUCAAUUAUGAGACGUUUUCCCAGCCACUACGUGAGAAGUGGUCAUUUCCCAUGCUCUCAAAGUAGCGCGCAUUGUAUCGGCUGGGGGCUGCUGUUAACUUGUCCCUCAGUGAACGAUGGCGUCGUCUUCCGACAACACUGCUGGCGCGAACAAUCAGAAAUGGUCGCCGGAAUCGAGACUCGUUUCUUUGAAGGACCACCACACCAAAAAAGUCCACGCUAUUCCCUUACUGACUUUGACAGUGGACUCUUCAGGACUGUUGGUGAGAUUCUGGCCGUCGGUUUGGCACAAGGAGGUCCUGCCCCUACAUUUUUCAGCCAGUGGGCUUACAGUUACCUCUGCAAUGGGCAGAUCAACCCAACACAGCUGGAUAAAAAUACAGUGGCAGAUUCACAGUUGCGGUUACUGAUUGACCAGGUGGAAUCUUCAACUGAGCAGUCACUUCAGGGCCUUACUGAUGAGAUUUUAAACUGUGGAUUCACUGGAGCCAUCUCGGUUCAAAACAAGGAACGGAUUGUCCGAGCCAUUACACUCCAUGCUGUGCUUAGAUUGCAGCCAAUGUUGGAACAACUCAAGGAGGGUUUGCAGCUGUAUGGCCUCCACCUGCUGAUUAAGCAAUACCCAGAAAUCUGCCAGCCUCUCUUCGUCCUUGGGGGAGAUGUGAAAAUUAAUGCCGAGUUUGUCAUGGCGUCCAUUCACCCUCAGCUGAGUGAGAAGGGAACCUCCAAGCAUCAGGUUGAGCUGGACCUGGUUAACUUCAUUCAGGACUUGCUUUAUGAGUCAGAAGAAGGUCAAGAACAUGUAGCUGACAAAGAUGGCCCAAGAUCUAUCACACCUGCCAGGUUUCUGCAAUGGAUCACCGGUCAAGGCCAUGUUCCUCUCCUCCCCUCAGAAAAGAAGGACUUUGCUGUGGUGGUAAAAUUUAAUCACAAUUGUGAAGCUGACUUUGGAAAUCACAGCAUCUGCUAUCCUGUUGUGUCAUCCUGUGCUAAGACCAUUGUCCUGCCUGUGAAACAUAUGAAGUCCUAUAGUCAAUUCAGAAUGGUUCUGCUGGAGGCUUUUCAUCUUGGCCAGGAAUUUAACAAUGUGUAAAGCAUAGCAUUGUCUAUCAAUAGUUUUGAGGUGUAACUCAAAAUGCUGCUCCUUCCAUUUAAUGUUCAGGAAGCACAUUUCAAAGUUGGAGAUUGACAGCCAGAGUUCUUUAAUGAGUGGCAUGAAGCACACAAAAAACAUACAGGUUUACUGUUGAAAAAUGUGCCAGAGACAAAAAAAAAAUAGUUUGUAAUGUGAUGUUUGAGUGUUCACAUAAAAAUUUCCUGGCAGGUUCAUUUUACAUGUAUAUCACAUCAAAUAAAAGUCUGAGCUAUUCAUGAA